AUGGCUGCCGUCUCGUCUCUCCGCUGCCCAUCGUCUCAGACCUUCAUCAUCUUCCUCUUCGUCCUGUCAGGCCGACAGGUGUCCUGCUUCCAGGUGCCCGAGGGGGGCGUGGCCUCCCUGUCCUGUCACUACUCGGUGAGGAGGUGGGGCCUGAGCCGGGUCUGCUGGGGGCGUGGCUGCGGGACCUUCUGGUGCAGCGACGUCCUGGUGCAGACGGACGAGAGGGGCGUGGUCUCUAAGGCGGGGGGGCGCUUCCUGCUGCUGGGGGACGUGCUGGACGGACAGGUGGACCUGAGCAUCCAGGACGUGAGGCAGGGGGACAGCGGGCCGUACUGCUGCCGGGUGGACGUCCACGGGAUCUUCAACGACCAGAAGGUCAUCAUGAACCUGAGGGUCGUGGAAGGUAAUCUGGUCUCGUCCUCAGCUCCGGUUCCAACGUCUCCUGCGUCCAGGACGGAGUCCACAGUGAACUGGAAGACUCUGCUCUCCACUCAGCUGGAGCUUCUGAGGAGGAACUCCACGCUGCUCUCUCUCUCUCUCUUCCAGGUGGAGGACUCUCGUCCCUCUCUCUCUCUUCACAUCAAUGUGCCCGUGCUCUCUCUCUCCCUCACCGUGUUGUUGACCUUGGGGUCAUUCUUCCUCUUCCUGGCCUUCAGACGUGGGAUUCACAGCAGAGCCUUAACGAGCGGCUGUUUCUCCUCUGAAGAACCUCCUCACAUCAUUUAUGAGAUCCGCAUGAGACGACCGGUCCAGGAGAACAUCUACACUCUGGAUUAG